GCUCGUAUGAAUUUUUAAGUUCAUGUUUUCUUGAUAUUGAUAAAAUGAGAUAUUUCAUUUUGAUGAUAUCGACAUUAGCUUGGUUCCAACUAACAAAAGGGCAAUGUGAUUCACAAGAUUCAAGUAUUUCAAUAAUAAAAUGCGAUGGAUUUGAAAGAAGAGGAGAGGUUUUAUACAUAGAUUUUUAUAAAAUUAGUAAACCUUGUUCCUGUGAAGUGAAUCCGUUAUUUGAAGGAAGUCUAUUAAUUAAUACACGAGAAAUUUCAAUUAGCCCUUGUUCAACUGAGGUCACUAUUGGGAUGGAGAUGAUAUUUAAUUGUCCAACUAAAGAUGCUGGUAUAAGUCUUGAUGUUAACGACACGUCGUCAAUUGAAGUCAUUUCACGAUAUCAAGCAAAUAAAAGCCCAGGAGAAUUCUACCACUGCGUGAGAGUUCAAGAGAAUUCAGCUGGUUCAGCAAGAAGGUAUGUACAAGUGACUUGUCAUGAUAAGAUAACAGAAGCUUCUACCUUAAUCCCGAAUAAUUCGACAAAUCACAGCGAAACAUCAAAUAUCAAGUAUAUUCACUACUGGACGAAAAAACACAAAACGGAGGGGGUGAAAUACUGUUUACAAUUAAGUGAUAGCUGA